AUGAAUGCUGGCGUAUUUCUUGCGCCGAACAUCAUUGCAAUUUCGAUGCUUUGUACUGUGGAGCGCCGCGCUAGCUGCCCCCUCCUUGACCGUAAUGAGAUAAAACGACCAACAGAUUUUAAUUUCUGCAUAUUCCUUAAGGCUCUUCAGUCUCAAGUAGUUGUAAAGGGAGACUUUUCGCCCAAGCUCUUCAAUCUGCCCCUCUGGUGGGGAUGGCGAAAUUUAAGUUCCCUGGGUCAAAACCUCCAGACAAGCAAAGACAUUGUGAAGAAUUUCUUUGCCCGCCUAAUCUCGGUCGCUGGAUUUGCUCUGUUUGCAUUGCUCAUCAGCAGAAGUCUGGUAGAAUCUGAUAGGCAAUUCAAUGGCCUAAAUGCAAUGGAGCUAACAACAUGGGCUCUGGAUCCCAAAUAUAGCACUAGACUUCCAACUUCAGUCAAACCAAUGAAAGCAAUUGAUGAUGUGGAAGCUUUUGCUUUGAGAGCUCAUGAUCUGAGGUUCAUAGCCUCCCAGUUCCCUUGUCUAAAUCACAAGCAGGCCCAACACAUCUUCAGAGCAAUGGGGCAGCUCGCUGUAUACAAUCAGCUUGGCAAUCGCUAUCACAGGAAGAAACUUGAGAAGUCCUUGCAGGAGGAAGAGGAAAGGCUACAAGUAGCCUUGCACCAGCAGGCUGGAGGAGGAAGCCCAACUCUAAUCUUGCUUCCACCAUUUAUGCAUCCAAAUUCGCGGUCCGUGUGCUACGUAAACUUCGUCGCAAUCAUCAACCAGUACUGCAUCAGAAGCCGCAAGAACCUGAUUUUACAGCAGAGUUCUCAAGGUAGAGUGUGCUGCAACUUUAGUGUAAUGAAAAUGAAUCUUUACUAUUGA